AGUAAAACCAAAACCAAAACCAAAACCAAUUACUUUCGACAGUCAAGUGAAAACCGCUCUAACUGCUAACCCAACAUUGGCAACCUCGUCAAAGAUGUUUUGAGACGACCCGUUGGGCAUAAUACUCACUGAAAUGCGGGAAAGACUUUUCCAAUGGCUUGAUAUAAUUUGGCCCGGCGACUUUUAUGUUUAAAUGCGAUUAUUUUAACAUUAACUGGGCGUAUAAAACCUGCUUCGUUUAACAAUUCGAAACAAUAGACCUUGUCACGGUUUUCGACGCCAUCUUGACGAGUAGGCAAACGUGUGAGAAAUUACAGUAUUUGUAUGAAAAUCUAUUGUCGAAUAAUUUCGGUAAAACGGCCGUUCUGAAAAAAAAUAUUAAUUGUAAACUAAAGCUACAAAGCAAAGGAUUGACCUAAAAAAAUUUGGGGGCGUACCUGUGCUAAAUUGCUCCAGAGGCUUGCUUUAGAUUUUCCAUAUAUUUGUCUGUAAUUUUCCGGGGACUUUCUUACAGACAAAUGUAUAGGAAAUUUAAAAAGUGGUUCUAGGUCUUCUAGUGCAUGUAACGCCCUCAAAUUUUUUCAGUAGAGUCCUUAGGAAUGAAGCUUUAGGUUACAAAUCAUAUUUUUUUCAGAACAGCCAUUUUACGGAAAUUAUUCGAAAUUAGAUCCUCAUACAAACCCCGGAUACAAACACUGCAAUUUCGGCCGCGUUUGCCUACUCGUCAAGAUGGCGUCGAACCGUGACAAGGUCUAUACACACAACUUUUUGUUGUGCGCCAUAUUUCAGGCGCCAUGCUUGUGAAACAACGCAGUAAUUACAAAAGUUGUUGCUUCAAUAAUCGUUCCAGUAAAAUUCAAUAUGAACGCCUGGAACAGACUAGUGGUAUACAGGGUUCAUCCUUUGCACUGGUCUGCGCGGAGCCGGAGGUCGCGGGAUCGGAUUCCUUCCAUUGGCCUGGCCUGCGAAUAGCAAGACAUUCCGGCGUUACUCGGAUGGCCAGGUAGAAAUAACGGUCCUGUCUCCAGCCAUUUUGUAGCAGAAAAAUACAAAACGAAUCUAAAAGAAAAGCCAGACUAACAAGGCCACAGGAAAACAAACUCUGACUUUUAUGCACAACAUUCAAUGUAGUACUGUUUGGCAAAGGGAAAUAACCGACUAGAUCCUGCAGUAAUUUCUUUUUCUAAUUUAUAUUUGUUUUUAAUCCGUCCUUUUUUACCUCAACAGGACACACGUGGGGAAAAUGAAUUUAGAGUAAGCCNAAAUUGCUCCAGAGGCUUGCUUUAGAUUUUCCAUAUAUUUGUCUGUAAUUUUCCGGGGACUUUCUUACAGACAAAUGUAUAGGAAAUUUAAAAAGUGGUUCUAGGUCUUCUAGUGCAUGUAACGCCCUCAAAUUUUUUCAGUAGAGUCCUUAGGAAUGAAGCUUUAGGUUACAAAUCAUAUUUUUUUCAGAACAGCCAUUUUACGGAAAUUAUUCGAAAUUAGAUCCUCAUACAAACCCCGGAUACAAACACUGCAAUUUCGGCCGCGUUUGCCUACUCGUCAAGAUGGCGUCGAACCGUGACAAGGUCUAUACACACAACUUUUUGUUGUGCGCCAUAUUUCAGGCGCCAUGCUUGUGAAACAACGCAGUAAUUACAAAAGUUGUUGCUUCAAUAAUCGUUCCAGUAAAAUUCAAUAUGAACGCCUGGAACAGACUAGUGGUAUACAGGGUUCAUCCUUUGCACUGGUCUGCGCGGAGCCGGAGGUCGCGGGAUCGGAUUCCUUCCAUUGGCCUGGCCUGCGAAUAGCAAGACAUUCCGGCGUUACUCGGAUGGCCAGGUAGAAAUAACGGUCCUGUCUCCAGCCAUUUUGUAGCAGAAAAAUACAAAACGAAUCUAAAAGAAAAGCCAGACUAACAAGGCCACAGGAAAACAAACUCUGACUUUUAUGCACAACAUUCAAUGUAGUACUGUUUGGCAAAGGGAAAUAACCGACUAGAUCCUGCAGUAAUUUCUUUUUCUAAUUUAUAUUUGUUUUUAAUCCGUCCUUUUUUACCUCAACAGGACACACGUGGGGAAAAUGAAUUUAGAGUAAGCCGGUUAGCUAACGCGAUACAUCUGGACCCUGAGGAAACAGAUUUGACUAAAGUCAUGAAGAUGAUCCAGAAAGAAGGUAUGACUGCAAAAUGCCUUGCUUUCAAGGUGACACUGGAUUACGCUCUUUUUUUAAUUAACGGGCAAUUAUCCCUAACCAUUUCGCAGUACCCCCCCCCCCCCCCCCCCCGGGCCCCCCCCCCGGGGGGAGAUUUUAAAAAAAACGCUUCUUUUUACCCAAUAAAAAAAAGAACAAACGGUGAGAAAAAAGGAUUGCCUGCAAAAUGCCUUGCUUUCAAGGUGACACUGGAUUACGCUCUUUUUUUAAUUAACGGGCAAUUACCCCAAACCAUUUCGCAGUCCCCCCCCCCCUCCCGGGGUACUCCCUUUGCGGAGAUAUUUUAAAGACAAUGCGUUUUUUACAGCAGUUAAAACGAUGAACUAGGUAUGUGAAUAAGGUACCAUUUAUAAUAGAAUAGAAUUUUUUUCAAACAAGAAAUUAAAAAUUUUAAAGGCAUUUUAAAAAGAAAUACCCACUGGCUUUUGUUUUUAUUUUAGCUGGGACUACACAAGGUCCUAUGGCAGUAGUAUGCUACUGCGCUAUUGGUUGGCGGGCAAGCAUUAUGUCACAGCGGCUAUUAGACGAGCUAGAAAAACCUGAAAAUCAGGAUAUCAAGUCUAGCUUGGAGGUGUACAACUUAGAAGGGGCCAUUUUCAAAUGGGCCAAUGAAAGGAAGGACCUUGUUGACCCGGAUGGAAACGACACGGAUUCGAUACAUACUUUCACCCGUUUAAAGGGAAUGUUAGUUGAUAAAGAAUUGAGGAGACUCGACCCUUAAUUGUUCUUCAGCCGGCUCUCCACGCUCCUAGCCGCGAGUUUGAAAUUUUUCGGUUUUCAUAUUAAUUUUUAGAAUGCAACAGGAAAGAAUAAUGGCACAGAGGGGAAAACCCCAGUCUAACCCUUAGAGUAUAUGUGAAUAAUAAUAAUAAUAAUAAUAAUAAUAAUAAUAAUAAUAAUAAUAAUAAUAAUAAUGAUAAUAAUAAUAAUAAUAAUAAUAAUUUAAUUCUUAUAUUGCGCGCUUUCCAUGAAAUGAUCAAGCGCGCAUUACAUGAUUUCUAUCUAUAAUAACUUAAUAAAGGGUAUCUAACUACUAAUUAUCUAAAAUAUACUAUGAUAAAAUUAAAAUAUACAACAUAUGUUAAAAUACUAGUAAUUAUCGUGAUAAAAAUUAAAAAUUUAUAAAUUAAUAAAAAGCUUCCCUAAAGAGGUGCGUUUUCAGAUGGCGCUUAAAAAUCCCUAGAUCUGUAAUAGAACGAAUCUCACGAGGUAAUACAUUCCAAAGUGCCGAAGCAGCGACCUGGAAUGAUCUGUCUCCUAAUGUAACCCUACUUCUAUAAGUUGGCGUUGCAAGCAACAAACCAUCCGAGGAGGAUCUUAAAUUAUAAUUUCCUGGUCUUUUAAUUGACACAAGUUCUCUUAAAUACGUUGGCGCGAAUCCAUGGAUGGCCUUAAAAACAAAUAGUAGAAUAUUAAAACUAAUGCGUUACCUAACCGGUAGCCAGUGCAGCUCGUACAGAUUUAUCUUAGAUUGCUUCAAAUUAAUUGGAUGUUGCUUUCCGGAGAGGUCCACAAACUUCUAUUUAGUGUUGUUAAGAUAGAAAUCAACAGACGCCAUAACAAUAUUCUGCACCGUUUGCUUUGAGGCAGUUGCGAAUGGACUUCACUGUUCUAAACAACCCGGUAAAAUGUUGGGGCAUCCCAGAAAUUAGACUUCCAUUUGGGUACAACCUCUAAAAAUAACUUAAGUGAAACUCGCCUAUCCCGGCCGACACCCUAAGAUUCUCUCUCAUCCAUAUUAUUCUCUCUUGAACGCAAGCAGCACCGUGUACCACAAGUGUUGCGCAGUAGGAUUUUUGCUUCUUGUCGCUCAUGUUACAUACACCAUCUCAUGAACUUUAUAGGACAUAAAGAGACAGUUCACAGUCUAAUCAUCUUUAGAUAUGUACACCCAAACUAGAUAUCAACAAAAAGGUUUAGGUACAUGUAGGAAGGUUAUAAAGACCAGAACCUGAGUACGCAAAUUUAUAAAUGUUAAUGUUUAUAAUAAACUCUCUAAAGUAGAACAGAAGACUU